AUGAACGUCCUGGUCUAUUCUGGCUCUGAGGUCCAUCCGAAUGCCUUGGCCAACACAGUCUCUCUGCUAGGAACGGUCUGCCUACCGCACUACACGGUUCAGCCUCUCUCGAAGGCCACUUUCCUCAAGGAGCCCUGGGAGAUCGAUUGCAAGCUCUUCGUGAUUCCGUAUAUCAAGCCAGCUUCGCCUACCGGUCGAGCCACGGAGCAGGGAAAGAGUAGGCCCUUGGACAUAUUUGGACCGAAAGAAGUCAAAAGGCUUAGAACGUUCGUGGAGAAAGAUGGAGGAGUGUUGUUGGGAAUUGGCCUGGGUGCGCGCUGGGAGACAGCAACGACCAUAUCCUCUCUGGAAUCCUCGAUGUCCAGACUCGGCUUUGGUGGAUCGGAUACGAUAAAGGCAGAGGACCUUCGAGAGGAUCUCAAGUUCAAAGACGAUUCUCUGAACUCUUACGUGGUGCCAGAGACCAGUCCGCACUCUGUUUCCGGCGAUCUGCAGGGUGACGGUGAUGUCGUUCAGGUGGCAAAUGUCGAUCUGACAGAUGCAAAGAUCGCCCUCCCUGAUAACGACUCACACAUCAACGAUGUGGUGCGAUCGGUAGGGAAAGGGAAGGUUGGGAUCGUUCGCCCGACUUUGGUUUCUCUGACCAAGGAGACCCUCGAGGAUUUGGCACCUUGGUUACAUGCCGUGAUUCUACGCCUCGGCCUUGUGCUACCUGAAUUCAAAAAGGAUGCCCCCGUCUCAGCCACCAGUACCGCGGAAGGGCCCCCAAAGUCUCUCCCUCAGUUCCUAACGUCCAUUCCUUCGGCCGACGACAACGAGCCACCGAAACCCAUUGCUUCAACGGUCGUCAAGGCCCUGUUCCCCACUCCCUCAACGCCUUCCAUCGGCACUAUCAAAGACACUGCGGAUACCUUCAACUUCCUCUCGCACGACUCGAAAGAAGCCAGAGAAGCGCUGCAACAUGCUCGAGACGACAACACAGAGGAGUCGAAGGAGAAGACUAUCAUCGUUUGUCCAGACGGUGUGCUUCCAUCGCACGAGGAUACGCCAAUGUUUAACAUCAAGCUUUUCUACGACACUUUAAGGAGGAUGAAGGCCACAGGACAACCAGAACUCCGCGUCCCCAUGUCUGAAACAGUUCCUGAAGGCCAGAAGAGCGGUUGGGGCUUCGGCGAAGCACUGCUGUACGGAGAGAGGGUCACCAGCACCCAGAGCCUCCUAGACAAAAACCCUCAACUGAUGUCGGGUCUCCCCACACCCCUCAUCUCCCUUGCGUCUCAACAGAUGUCUGGACGAGGGAGAGGAAAGAACCCUUGGCUUUCUCCCGCCGGCUCUAUGAUGGUCAGCUUACUAUUGAGGAUUGAGUUGGAUCCCGGUGGAUCGCAGUCGUCAGGUUCACAGCUAAAGGGGACGGGUAGCAAAACCAGCAAGACUACUUCCAGUGGAACGAAAACAACUUCACAAGGAACACCGUCUUCAGAUUCAUCGACAUCGACUACCGCUGGUUUGAAGACCAAGCUCAAAUCCGAAGGUUCGGGCCAGAUGGGCUACGCAUUCAGCUCCCCUCACGUCCCUCCACCCGCGCUCCCCAGAUUACCCGCCUCCAGCUUGGUGUUCGUCCAAUACCUCUUCGCCCUGGCGGUUACCGAGGCAUGCAGCCUUCCCGAAGUAUUAGGCCCGAAGCUCGGAAGACGAGUGAGAUUGAAAUGGCCCAACGACAUCUACGUUGAUCUCAGCGACGAAGGGGUGGGGACCCAACCGACGGAUUGGAGCAAGCUGAAGAAGAUCGGAGGAGUGCUUGUGAACACCAACUUUACUCCCGGUGGAAAGGUCGAUCUCCUUAUCGGCUGCGGUGUGAACACCCUCAAUGAACCGCCUAUCGUAUCCCUCUUGCAAUUGAAGAAACAGUUCUCAGGUUCAGAUGAUGUUGGAGAGCUCAGCCUUGAACGGAUGGUGGCGUCGGUUAUCACCGUCUUCGAGAGAAUGUGGUCGAGAUUCGUGUACGACGGUGGUUCUUUCGCCGCAUUUGAAAGCACGUAUCUAUAUCACUGGUUACACAAGGACCAGAAGGUCAUGCUCACAACCGUCCAGCCUCCUGUACCCGUCCGCAUCGUGGGGAUUACGCCUGAUUAUGGGUUGCUGCGAACUGUUGCCGAAAAACCUCUGUCUCAGAGUGGGGGUGUUGGCUCUGUGGGCCUUGGACUUCCCCUUUCAUAUGCCCGCUAUGUCUACCCUGGAGGCGAGAAGCAGGAGUACAUCGAUUUGCAGCCGGAUGGGAAUAGUUUCGACUUGAUGGCUGGGUUGAUCAAAGCGAAGACGUAUUGA